AUGGGGGGGGAAUGGCCUGGACGGGGGGGGCGCCGGGUUGUGGUGGUAGCUGCGGCGGCGCGGGGAGCCGAGGGCGUGCAGAAGGACCUUGUGGGCACAGGAGGACCAGUGGGUGACAUGGAGACAGACUUCAACCUGAAAGUAGUCCUGGUCAGCUUCCAACAGUGCUUGAAUGAGAAGGAGGAGGUUCUCAUAGACCACUACCUCGACGGCUGGAAGGGGCUGGUCAGGUUCCUGAACAGCCUAGGUACUGUCUUCUCCUUCAUCACCAAGGAUGUAGUAAUGAAGUUGCACAUCAUGGAGCAGCUGCGGGGUGGCCCACAGCGGGAACACUACCAAAGUCUGCAGUCCAUGGUGGCCUAUGAGGUGGGCAACCAGCUGGUUGACCACCAGCGGCGCUCUCGCUAUGCAGACUCAGGCUGCCGGACAGUGCUGCGGCUGCACCGUGCCCUACACUGGCUGCAGCUCUUCUUGGAGCGUCUGCGCACCAGCCCUGAGGACGCUCGCACCUCUGUACUGUGCACUGAUGCCUACAAUGCCUCACUGGCCACCUACCACCCCUGGAUCAUCCGCCGGGCUGCCACCAUGGCCUUCUGCACACUGCCCACACGCAAAGGCUUCCUGGAGGCCAUGAAUGUGGGGCCACCUGAGCAGGCAGUGGAGAUGCUGGGCCAGGCCUUGCCUUUUAUCGAACAGGUAUACACCAUCUCCCAGAAGCUAUACGAGGAACACACCCUGCUGGACCUGCCCUAGGGCCUAUCAAGCCAGCCAGGCAGGCUAACCUUCUCCAGAGCUGAGCUGGGCAGCCAACACGGCCACCUGUCCCUUGCAGAGCUUUGCCAGUGCCCACAUCGCAUGUGACUGAAGUGACCAGAGGGAGAGGGCAGGUGCUGGCUGGCUGUUAUUUUGCCCGGGGGCUUCUCAGCCUCACUUCAUAGGCCUGGCCUAGUGGUAACUUGCAGGAACCAGAAAAGAGGGGUAGGGGACCAGUGUUAGCACAGAAGCUGGGAUGCCACCCCCACAUCUGAUCAUGGCUAGAAGGUGCACAGAAGCCACCUAUGCUGACCAAUGCGCUCAGCAGCCCCAAGUCCUCUCCAGGACAUCAGUCUCAGGGGUCAAUCUAGGGUAACUCAUCUCCAUACCCACUAGCAGCCCUGGCACAGAGGGGUUUUCCAGGCAUCAGCUGGCACUGUAUGCUCCCCACACACCCCCUUGCUACCCACAUGUAUACCUCUCAGCCUUCUGCAUCUGCAGCCCCAGAGCCACUGGCUCUGCCAGGCCAAUGCCACCCUCUCCCACUUGAUGUCCAGCAGCCACUGCCUCCUGCUUCCCCUGCCCCUUGCUGCCCUGUCCCCACAGAGCUGAGAGACCAGGCAGUGUGGCCUGGAGAAGGCCCUGGAUCCCUGUGCCCAUGUGUAGCACAAGUGUAAGAAGAUGGUGACAAUGGGGACCCUUGGAAACUAACACAGGUGGUGGCUUUUCCAGUGUAAAUAAAGUCCACUUAAAGAACCAGA